UUUUUUUUUUUUGCCCCUUUCGUACAACCAAGCGACACGUAUUACUUUCAUUACUUUGAUUCAAUAAAGAACAAGACGAGAUAAUAAGCCUAUUUUUUCUAUUUUAUUUCAUUAUUCAUUCAUGAUGGAUUUCACAAAUAAAGCACUCUUGAAGCGCAUUGCAUCUGCUAGCCAAGAAAAAGUCUAUCCCAGUGUCCAUUCAAAAACCGAAAUUCCUUUAAGAAAGAUACUUUUGUCCUCAAGACUUUGGGAAAGCGUUAGAAAAGAGCAAGAAAAACUAUCAGAACUGGAAUCAAAGGAUAUAUGCAGUGAUGAAGAUUGGUGGUUUGCUACAACAGAUGAAACAUUGGAAGCAUUAGUUUCUUUUGCUAGUGAGCCAUCUUCACCUUUGAAUAAUGACCCUGAAAGUCCCUCUGCCUUAUUGGAUUUGGACUAUAAUCAUAAUCUGUUCUUGAAUAAUAAUGAUGCACCUACUACCAAUACUGCCCAUACUGAAUCAAGUGGCUGGUCAUGGCUAGAAGAAGAAAGCAGCAAGAUCAAUGCUACCCAAAACCUCUUGUCGCAUACUCUCCACAUGGAUGAAUUAGUGGAAGAUGAUUCUGAAGAAGAUGAAGAAGAAGAUCUUCUCAAUGUAAAUAAUAAUUUCUUAAAUACCCAACCAAACAAGCAUGAGGAAGAAGAAGAAGAAGAUGAAUUCAAUAAUGAAGAAUGGCUUGCUGUCCAUGAGACUACGCCUAUCAAAGCUCAAGGCAGCCGAUCCACGAAAAGAAAGAGAGAAGUGGAUGAAGAUGACCAAGAGCGUCCUAGCAAGAAACUCUCUGUUAGAGAAGAAGCUAUUGAUUUGCUUGCUGCUGCUGCCCUUUUAACAAGUAAUCCACCAGGCACAUACCCUACUGAUAAUAAGUCCAAUGCUACUACUGCCACUGCUAUUGCAUCUCCAUUGCUUCGUGUCUAAUAGUUACAUAUAUACAUAUUCCCUUUUUAUUAUUAUUAUACUACAUGCUUUUAUGUAUUUCACAACUGUACAAAGACUUAUAUUUUUCAUAUUUUUUCUUUAAAAAAAACACACACACAUACACAUAUAUUUUAUUCAUUCAAGAGAAGACAAAAAGAAGAGAAAAAAAAAACUAAAAAAAUUCUAUAAUUCAAAAAAAAA